AUGGCCGCUGGCGACGCCGGAGCCAAAGAGAAUGUGGAAAUCCACAUGUUUCGGCCGAACCUGGACAGCCUGCCGGACGUCCAGACCCCUCCGGGCUUUUCGCUGCGGCAGGGGCCCGAUCCAGCUGCCUGGGUGGCCAUCCAGCAGGCUGCCGAGCCAUUCUUGAACAUCAGCUUGGAUGGGACGCAGGAGGGCGCUUGGCAACACGAGUUCAUUCCCGGCGAGGGAAACUUGCCCCUUUGCGGAGAAGAUGGGAAGCCGAUUUCUUUGGAGGAUGCUUUGAGACAUCAGUUCUUCAUCGUCGAGGAGUCCACGGGACGAGCCGUCGGAACGGCCACGGCGUGGCUGACAAAGCAUCAUGCGGCAUACACCGACAUGCUGACAACAAGCCGCUACUGGGCUGCGUCGCUGACCUCACCGGAGGGCGAGGCGGGUCCCCGGCAAGUGGAUCUCAACGCCGACGGCCUGGUGCAUUGGGUCGCCGUGCAUCCGGAGUAUCAAGGCCGCGGCCUCUCCAAGCCCCUCCUGGCCGCGGUCCUCCAGGGCCUGGGCUCCGCCGGCCGGUGCUGUAAGACCGCCACGCUGGGAACAGGCAGUGGUCGGCCCCAGGCGAUCCCCUUGUACCUGUCCUUUGGCUUCGAGCCCAUGGUCUUCGGCGCGGAGGACCUCAGGGCCUGGCGCGAGCUCCAUCGCGCUGCUGCCGCGAGGGCGGCACUUGGCGAGGCAGCAGACGUCGACGAGCGCACGCGGCGGGGCGACCGAGUUCUGGUGGACAAGCUGCGGCUCGUUUCCGAGACUGACGUGGGCCGCCUCUUGGGUGUCACGGAGGGCUCUGAAGCUCUGAAACCCUAA